UCUCUCACCCUCCGUCUGUCUCCCAGUCCCGACUCCUCCCUCAGUUCAGCCUCAUUCUGCUUCACUUCAUCCAACAAGUGUCUCCUCUCAGGUCAGCCAUCGUAGUUUCACCAGACAGAUACAGACGGAGCAGUACUUCACCUGUCACCUGUCUCAGGAUGCCUUUCGGAGGAGGAAACAAGUGCGGCUGCUGCCAGAAAACUGUCUACUUCGCUGAGGAAGUGCAGUGUGAGGGGAAGAGCUGGCACAAGUCCUGCUUUCUGUGUAUGGUCUGCAAGAAGAACUUAGACAGCACAACAGUGGCCGUUCAUGUGGACGAGAUCUACUGCAAAUCGUGCUACGGCAAGAAAUACGGGCCAAAAGGCUACGGCUUCGGAGGAGGAGCCGGCGUCCUGAGCAUGGACACAGGAGAAGGACUUGGAAUCAAGCCUGAAGAACAUGCUCCACAUCGCCCUACAAACAACCGCAAUGCCUCCAAGUUUGCCAAGACGCCAGGAGGCUCAGACGUGUGUCCUCGAUGUGAGAAAACCGUGUACGCAGCCGAGAAGGUUGUCGGUGGAGGCAAUUCAUGGCAUAAGGGCUGCUUUCGCUGUGCCAAAUGUGGCAAAGGACUCGAGUCGACAACCCUCGCUGACAGAGACGGAGAGAUCUACUGUAAAGGUUGCUAUGCAAAGAACUUUGGUCCCAAGGGCUUUGGCUUCGGUCAGGGUGCAGGAGCUCUUUCUCACGCCCAGUGAAGCCUGCAGCCUGAGUCCACCCAGGACAGAUGCUCAGAUCUCACAGCUUCCAGCAUCUUUCAGUCGAUAUCCACCCUAUUUAGCACUGCUCUCCUUAAUCCAGCCACACAACAUGAGAAGCUAAAGCAGUACACCACAUGUAGGUUUUCUGCAUUAGAAUGAGGAGUAAACAUUUAAAAACACUGAGCUCUAACUCUGUCUUCAGAUGUGCAGGUUGUGUGUUUAAACCAGUUAACAAAAUGGCCACUUUCAAUACUAGGAGACACAAAUGUUGGCAAGCACUGAGUUUGAUUAACAUCUAAAAAUUGUCUGACAGCUGAGAAAAAAACAACCUUAAAUCACGCCUCACUUACAGUCAACAUCCUUACUGCCUUACAUGUCAAAUGGUGUACAUACUGUCUUGAAAUAUGCCAAAUAAAUAUCAUGCAUAAAGCACACAA